CGUUUACGUGCAUCGUGCUCGCGUCGAGACUUCAAAAUGUCGAUUCAUUUCUCUGGGACCAUCAAACGCUCCGGCGGUAUGAUGAGCGCGAUCGUAAAGCAGAUUAAGCGCGUCAAUCUAACGCCUGUUAAUAAGAUCGAUGUUCGUUUCGACCCGUUCGAUCAUCGGUCCAAGCAGACGAGAGAUUUUCUGUAUUACGUUAGUGCUCUGAAAAUUCGUGCGACGAACCCGCAGUGCUCAUUAAAAACAGAGGUCGUGUGCGACCGUUCCGAGCCAACCAUCACGUUUAGUCUUCAAUCGGGUGAAAAAGUAGUAUUAAAAACGGCCCUUUUAACAAGCCUAAACAUUUUGCAACUUUACAACAAGCAUAUCACUAGUCUGAUUCCGCCCGAUCCGGCUGAGCUUGAGGCUAAAAAAGUGCUUGAGGAAGAGAAGAGAAAGAAGAAAAAGAGGCCGCAUCAUAGAAUAAAAUUAUGGAGCAAGCAUAAAGGAGUGUUUCAUUUAAUCUAAUUGCAUCGGCAACUUAUUGUGGAUUUUUUACUUGCUAAACACCGAAAGGCGUUACAUUUAUAUUAAAUAAUCUAGAAAUUUAUUUCGCGCAAUCAAAAUAUU